AGAGUGUACUAUAUGGGAGUGAUCGAGCAAGACUGGAAUUAUGCUCCUUCUGGAGCCAACCAUCAAAACUCUAAUCGACAAUCAUUAACCGACUUUUAUGUGAAGAACCACCCGAAUACCGUAGGAGGAACGUACAAAAAGGCCAUGUUUAGACAUUACACUGAUGAAACGUUUAUUAAAGAAUGGCCUCAACCGGCUCACAUGGCGAUAACCGGGCCGAUUAUUAGAGCUGAGGUGGGCGAUACGUUAAAAAUAGUAUUCAAAAAUAAGGGUAGCCGAUCCUAUUCAUUUCAUGCUCAGGGUGUGUCGUAUUUAAAAGAUUCCGAAGGAGCUUUAUAUGUGGAUGGUACUUCCGGAUCAGAUAAAUAUGACGACUUUGUGCGCCCAGGAACUACCCAGACCUAUAUAUGGACAAUACGAAAUGAGAAUGGACCAUCCCUGUCGGAUCCAUCCUGUAUUCCGUGGGUAUAUCGAUCACAUGUCAACUUUCCACGUGAUACCAACACUGGGCUGGUCGGAGUCCUUCUUACCUGCAAAACCGGAACGCUGAACUACGAUCACACUAGAAACGAUGUUAAUACUGAACUUGUUGUUUUUAACAAGGCUUUCGAUGAGAAUCAGAGUUGGUUUAUAGAUAGUGAUUUAAGUCGAUGUGGAACGACCACAGUUUGUGAAACAUUGCGAGCGACGGGAGAGGUUGAUUUCGUUAAGAGUAAUAUCAUGAGAUCCAUCAAUGGCAUAGGGUUUUCUAAUCUGAAUGGUCUGAAGGCCUGUGCUGGUGAUAAGGUAGCUUGGUAUUUUUUAACUGUGGGUAACGAGAAGGAUAGCAAUACCAUGUUUAUAGAAGGGCAAAUCAUGGAUAUACAUCACACGAGUACAGCGUCAGUUUAUCCCGGUACUGCUGUAGUAGGGUUAAUGAUCCCCAGAAAUCCUGGCAAAUAUGGGGUUAAUUCCAUGGCCGAAGACAAUUUUGGAGGUAGGUUAAGAUCAUUUUUC